AUGACACAACGAGCUAUUGAUCUCUUUUCGACUAUUGAAAAACCAGACAAAAUCAUAUUCAGUAUUUUAUUCAAUGCUUGUGCUCAGUUAAGAACCAAAGAUGCAUUGGAUUUAGGCAAAAAAGUUUUUAAUCAAUUGCCUAUUGCAUGUCGUCAAUCAAAUGAUCUUCUUUAUUCGGUUUUGAAUAUGUUCAUUAAAUGUGAUGAUCUCAAAAGUGCUGAAUCUCUGUUUAAUCGAAUAGAUAGAGAUUUGAUUUCUUAUGGAUCAAUGAUGAAAUUUUACAAUAUGAAGGAACAACCGGAACAAACUUUGAUACUCUUCGAACAAAUGAAACAAAAUAAAAUCAAACCGAAUAAAAUUAUUUUUGUGUUACUCAUCGAUGCAUGUUCAGUAAUUGGUGAUCUUUCAUUAUGUCAAUCACUUAUUUCACAGAUACCACCAAGUUUUCUUACUGAUCCUUGGAUUCAAGUUGGAUUAGUCGACAUGUGGGUAAGAUUAAUAUUAACAUUAAUCAAUAAUUGA